AUGGUUGUUUAAAAUCAAACGUUACAUUUAUUUUCACAAUGUAUUAGCAAUGUAAACAUAUCUUCAAUUUAGAUAAUAAGUUCAAAUACAUAAGUGGUGCAUUGUCCAAACACAGUGUAUAUAGCUGGAUACAUUCUAGUUAACACAGCUGUUUCAAGUUUUUAUAUAGUUUCGCAAUAACUGUAAUCUAUGUAUACAAACGGAUUCGUACACUUAUAUACUAUCUAUAAGAACAACAGACCUGCCAACUCAAAAAAAAAGAACUAGCUCUAAAUGUUCAGCCCGCAAUGCUGAAAUUUAACUCAACUCUUUACAUUUUGGACAAUGUAUAUUCCAUGAAUACUGGCCAUAGUGUUCCUUCUGAUAAGAAAAAUACAUUGAUGGAAAUGAAGAUACGCUGAGCAUGUUCGCAAAAGAAAAAGACUCGAUACCAGCCGAAGGUUGUCGUACGAUGUUAUAAUGUAUAGUGGCAUUAAAAACAAACGAACGAACCGCACAUGUUCAUUACUCUAAAUGAGCUCGAGUUCCCAAGUCAUAUAGUCUUCCGCCUCAGUAUGUUUCAAACCCCGAUAAAAUUACCAGUGUUCCUACCAAAAAUUCUACAACGACUAUUAUUCUGCCUCAUGGCCGGUGGGUUAAUGUUGUUAUUUGUGGCAUCCCCAACCGAGGACAAUGACAUGCCUGCCAACUUUAAGCCGUUUCCAUGUUUUAUGGAUGCAGACGAUGACAACACAGAUGAUAGCAUCAUAAGACUGGAGGAUGUGCUCCGUGCAGAUGUAAAACCCACGCAAGGGAAAAACAUAUUCUUCCACGAGACGAGUUGUCAUCCGCCAGGAUCGAAGUACAUCAUGAACUUGACAGCCAGACAGGCGUGUUCCAUUGAAUCGGCAGCAUUGCACAAUCCAAACUUUGAGGUAUUUGUGCUCUUUGCAAGUCCCACCUAUCUACCCGGAGCUGAAAGGCCGAAGUUACCACUGAUUGAGGCUCUUCAAAGCUACGAGAAUGUGCAUUUGCGUCAAUUGAAUAUUUGGCGCUAUUCGAAGGGCACACCAGCCGAGGAAUGGGUCAAUAAAGGAGAUCUAUUUGAUUCAAGCUAUUUAAAGGAACACGUCUCGGAUUAUCUGCGUAUGCUGAGUCUCUAUCGCUUUGGCGGAGUCUACUUGGACAUUGAUGUUGUCGUAUUGCGUAGCAUGGAAAAUAUUCCAUUGAACUAUGUGGGAGCAGAGGAGCCUGGUGCGCUAUGCAAUGCAGUCUUUAGUCUGGAUUCCACGGGCAUAGGACACGAGAUUGCCGAACUAUGCUUAAAAGACUUUCAAGAAAAUUUCAAUGGACAAGGCUACAUCUCUAAUGGGCCCAGUUUAGUUAUGGGAGUGACAAAAAAAGUUUGCAACUCCACAUCGAUCGAGGAAAUUGUGGCAGAGCAGAGAAAUUGUAAUGGAUUCCAAGUAUUCAAUACGACGGCAUUUUAUCCGAUUCCUUGGCCAGCAUGGCGUCGAUUCGUUGAGCCGCAAUAUCUCAAUGAAACAUUAGAACAGACAAAGGAUUCGUAUUUAAUACAUUUGUGGAAUAAGGUGUCAUAUGAGAUGAAAUUUAAAAAGGGCGAUGACACUGCCUACGGAAAGUAUGCGCAAGAACACUGUCCCAAGGUCAAUGCGGCAGCUGACGAAUACUUUUAAAUAUCUAUAAGUGCCGAAUAUUCUUAAUUGUGUGGUAGGCAUAGAAAAUAAUUGUAAGCUAUGUAUUAAUUAAUAAUAAUUACAGUAGUUACUAAGUAGGAAAACACUUAUGACCAGCAGUAGAAGUUCAAACGUAGCCGGCAAAUAUAAUAUUAUUUGACAACUUCUCACCUUAAAUGGCCAUUGUCAUUAAUUAAUUAAUUUAUCCUAAUUUCCCUAUUUUAAAAUGUCUAAUCGUUUGCAAUGGUGACA